ACAAGCGCGACCCCUCAGUCGAUGGUGAACGCCGAGAGGUUUGUGGGUGUGGAGAGAGAGAGAAAGAGAAAGAGAGAGAGAGAGAGAGAGAGAGAGAGAGAACGACGCGGUCGGCUUGUGAUACGAUAAUUAAUAUUCGUAAUUACGAAGAUAGAUCGUCGCGUCUCGUCGCAUGGCGGAUUAUGAACUGAAGAACUCACUGGACCCUACCUUGCCUAAGGAAUCGCGCAAGGAGCUGCUGCGAAGCGAGGUGACGCGUGACGCGCUCUCAAACAGAAGCGUCAUCGCAUCGAUCUUGUUGAACAAAGCCAGGAUGAGCGUCAGGAAGCUGGCACCCAGACAACAAGAGGACAUGGAGGACGAUGAUACGUCGACGCUCUUUAAGAGCGCGAGUUCGCGUAGCAAAAGGCGUCGGCUGGAUCAUCUAACGUGGGAAGAGAAGCUACAAAGAAAGAAAAUGAAGAACAGAGUGGCAGCCCAAACCUCUCGGGAUCGCAAGAAAGCCAAGUUGGAUGAGCUGGAGCAGACAGUAAAGAUGCUCACACAGGAAUGCAUAAUGCUGAGGUCGCAAAACGAGUCGCUGUUGAAUGAAACAAAAAGACUGAGGAAGGAAUUAGACACUAAGAACAGAGAGGAGCGAUACUGCACGUUGUGUCAGGCUCGUGUCCAUUGUGUUGUACCCUCACUGGGAUCUGCAGUAUCCCCCAAUGACCCUGCCGCAGGGUGGGACAGCACAGUCGGCAGCGCGCCUGACACCAACACCAGGAGCAAUUGCUCUAUUGAAGAUCCUGACCAUUUACCUACUCUUGAGGAACUUUGCAGUGACCUCCAGGACGACGAUUACAUCGAGCGACUCGAGGAACUCGCGGAGAGUCUAUUACGAGAAGUUAAUAUCGAAGUGCAAGCAACUCCUGAUAAGUCAAAUGAACAAGUGUCCAUCAAGGAUGAUUCCGAUGAAAAAUCUAGCCAUCCAGAAACAGUGGUGGGGCAGACAUCAGAAAAUGUGGAAGCCAAUCGAGCUAGUGGAAGCGUAGGUGAUGCAUCCUACCUAACCGCGGAUUCCAGCUUAUCCAAUUAUCAUCCUGUGGUCUGUAGUACAAGGAGCGACGCGCAAGGCGUCAUGACCAACGCGACGACUGGCCAAACGACGCCGUCGUUGGCGAUUAAGACCGAAGUCGAAAUCAAGCAGGAAUCCGAGGUGGCGCAUGACUUAGAAACUACCUUUUAUGGCACAUACGAUGAGGCUACGAAUUCGAUUACGAUCAUUUAUCCGGGGCAAGAGGACGCCGACAUCGGCAUUCAGGAAUGUGUGCAAGAGAUCAGCACGGACGACGACAUAGUGUGCCACGAUAUGGACGGCACUGUUGUCCACAACGUGACACACGACACCGUCGCUGAAGUUACCACCGAUAUCAAGUAUCUAAAACCACCGCCGCUUCGUGGUUACUCCACGCAGUUCUCCCCGGCGUACACUUGCCGCACCGACACCAUGUCGCCCGCGAGCAUCAACUCGGACACGGAUUCCUGUGUCGUCCCGCAAAUGGAUAGUAUCAGCAGCACGGAUUGCGGCUACGAGUCGCACGACUCCCCGUCCGUAGACUCGCAUUGCCGUUACUCUUAUUUCAACGACUUUUGGCAAGAGAACUUCAGAGACUUAUUUCCCGCGCUUGCCUGACAGUUCUCAAGAAAACGACGAAUUGCGCGCAGGAACAGGCAACCGAUACCGAAUCGUUGCGUCUGUGAUACGAGAGGGAGAUUCCAUAGCGCAGAAAGUAGUGCACAGCUGCCGCGUUAUAAUGCACCAUGCACAUUCGGUUAGAUUCCUUCAAAGAGAAACGGAAAAUUAUAAAAAAGAAAGAAUAUAAAAGCAACGCUUUUUGUAUAGUUUAUCAUUUAUCCGACAUAAGUUAAAGAUAUAUAUAAAUAUCGCGUUCAUAUUGAUAGGAAGAUAUUUAAAUUAUAUUUUUAUUAUAUGUAUUAUAUUUAUCUCGCAUAGAGUAUGUUAGUUCUGUUUGAAAAAUUUAUUUUAACUAUCUACAAAGACAUCAAAAAUUGUUAAUCGACGAGAUAUCUUUAUCUCUAACUAUAAUAACAAGGUAAGAUUCGAUAAAGACAUGAGAGAUUAUUGUGUCAUUUUUUUGUUUCUUUCUAUCAAUGCCGGGAAGUAGUCUUUGGUAGCACAAACUAUAGCAGCAUGUACUAUUGGUGUUCGUAUGUAACAUAUUAAGCUGCUCGUAAUACGAAGUGAACGAUUGGCAAAAUUUGUAUCUUUAUUGUAAGAUUCUAUAUAUUUUUGUAUAUAUACCUGCGAAUGCGUGGAUUUCUUUCAAUAGAUAUAUAUAUAUGUAUAAUAUAUAUUACCCGUCACACACAAUCAGGAACUAUAAGGCAAAUAUACGUAGUUUCAUUUUUCUUUCGUAAUCAAUGAAUAUCCCUUGUAUACACAUCCACGUUCUAUUUUAGAAGUUUAUUGUUAACAUGUGUGUAUACGUGAAGUCGGUGAGCUGAUCUUUAUUUUGUAACAAAAUGCCAAAUAAACAAAAGAAUGGUUUAUCUCUCA